GAUUGUCUGAUUUACCAUGUGAUUUGCGGUUGGCGUAAAGCGGUUCGCGUAAAGUCAUGAAAUCUGAUCCUGAUAGUGACAUGAUUUACUCUGGUUGAUCAAACAGGUAGAAGCCGAAGUUGUUUUACUUUAAUCUGAUGAAGUCCCUGCUGCUAUAAGCUAGGAAAUUGACAAAUUCAACAUUGGCAAGCUGGUCUUGUGCUCUUUGUCCAAAAGCAUAUUCCGAAAGUGAGGUUCUUAUUGUGGAUGUUUCAGCGUCAACCUGAAUUUUCUUUAACCUACUACAAAAAGACCUUCUAGGGUGAUUAGCUGCAGUACUGUGACAAAUAAUCAAAAAAGAUCAUUGUCUUCUCAUUUAAUAUUCUAGCUGCCGUCCAAACAUUGAAGGCUGCACUGCAACUACUUGACUACAAGUUUUAUGUGGAAUUUUUCUGUACAGCUUGCACAAACUCAGUGAGAUCAGGAAUCAUCAUCUCUCACAUUUUUUAUCUUCAAAGGAAGGUGUCAUCUCCUAAAUUUUUUUCUCAGAAUCAACCAUGUUUCUAAUCCUUACCUGAAAGUUUCCAUCGCUCGGCUCCUGAUGGCAUGAUGCCUCAUUUAGAUUCUCUUAUGUCAGUGUGUUUGUAUUCAGAAAAUUAAAAGGUAUGAUGCCUCAUUUAGAUUCUCUUAUGUUAGUGUGUCUGUAUUCAGAAAAAUAAGGCAUGAAGGUUGCACUGCAACUACUUAACUACAAGUUUUUUGUGGAUUUUUUUGUAUAGCUUGCACAAACUCAGUGAGAUCAGGAAUCAUCAUCUCUCACAUUUUUUUCUCUUGAAAAGGAGGUGUCAUCUCCUACAUUUUUUCUCAGAAUCAACCAUGUUUCUAAUCCUUGCCUGAAAGUUUCCAUCGCUCGGUUCCUGAUGGCAUGAUGCCUCAUUUAAAUUCUCUUAUGUCAGUGUGUUUGUAUUCAGAAAAUUAAGUUAUGAUGCCUCAUUUAGAUUCUCUUAUGUCAGUGUGUUUGUAUUCAGAAAAAUAAGGCAUGAUGCCUCAUUUAGCUUAUCUUAUCUCGGUGUGUUUGUGCUCAGAAAAUUAAUUUGCUUAUUUUUGCUUUUUGAGGGCUAUAACAAUAGAGAAUUUCAUUUUUUUUUUAAUCUGCUUCUUCCCUGUGCCAGAGAGCGGGAGGAAGAGGAAGAGGGGCGAGCCUGAGCUGGAGUACGGGGCCUCGUCCGGGGUGAAUGAGAGGUCCGACGAGAGCAGCGACACGGUGGAGCCCGGCAGGGUCAGCAGGGCGGCCAGCUUGGGGCAGGGCGGUGAGGCUGGAGGAGACGGACAAGUUCUACCAGGUUGUUACUUGUCAAGAAGCUCUUCCUCAGCGGGAUAGCCCCCGGGUGGGCGGCGGCGUGGCGAUCACGGCGGUGCACAAGGUCGUGCAGGGUCCCCGGUCCAGGACGUUCCAAAUGCAGGGCCAACUCCUAGCCGCUGCGCGCGGCGCUGACGGGAGCAAUGCCAAGUUCGCGUGGUAUGGCGCUCCGUUGGCGGACGUGGCCGCGGCGGUGGAGCACGGGUUCGGCAGGACGAACAGCCGGGUCCUUGGCCAUCGCGCGCACGGCGACGACGUCCACGUCUCGCUGCUUCAGUCUCCUUAUGCCAGCGCAAUGCUAGCAAAUGCAGAUGAGAACGGCGAGGCGCAUAUCGUGCUGUGCCGUGUUCUGAUGGGCUGGCCAGAGGCCAUCCCAGCCGGGUCCUCUAAGCUCCACCCCAACAGUGACAAUUACGACAGUGCCGCCGACAACAUGCAGAACCCACAGUGGUAUGUUGUUUGGGGCAAGGACAUGAACAUGAGGAUCCUCCCAGAGUAUGUCGUCAGCUUCAAGUGUCCCAGCCUCCAUCAGAUGCAAGGAUCAUCCGGAGCGACCUCCAUGCUAAAGAAGCCUUCGCCGGUGGCUCGUGACAUGUUUCCGACGCUUCUAGCAGAGAUCCAGCGGUUCGUGCCAUCUUCCAAGCUGCAGAUAUUGCAGGGGACCUACAAUCGCUUCAAGAUUGGUAUGGUGUCAGGUUUACUUGCCUACAAGUUUGGUUCCACUUGGUACUCUGCUGUCAGCAUAUCUGUAGUAUCAGGAUAUUGUUACCUCCGUUUCAAAAUAUAGUGCGCCUGCGCUUUCCGAGGUU